CUAGAAGCACAGAAGAAGGGGAAAACAAGAGUGGACGCGCUCUGACUUUCGGAAACAUCUACGUUCGUGUAGUAUUAGCUCGUUUACAGCCGCCAGACGAAGCAUCUUGCUAAUCAAGCGAGCAAGCAGGUCAGAGAUUAGGAUGUCUUCGGUGUCUGUCGUGCUGUUGUUCUUGGGCUGAAGACAGUGUGCUGAGGUAAUGCGCGCUUUAUCUGCGGCGACAGGCCCAGCGUCCACCGUGAGUUCACACACACCCGUCACGCGUUAUCGCUCCGGGAUUACCUGCGCGUUCAGCGCGAUGUCAUGCGUAUAUAAGCCCAGCCGUGUCGUUACCGAGCGAUAGAGAAGAGUGAAACCGGACGUUACCGGCUCAGUGGUUUUGAAUGGAGCGCUGCGUGCGCGAACAUGACCGACUUUCAGCUUCGUACUGAGAGAAACAAGUGCGUAGCUUCCCGCUGACAAGAAAAUAUGAGCUCAGAAAGCCAACAGGACACGUUUUUCCGGACCAUCUGAAGAGUUAAACCGCAAAAGCCGCCAAUAUGAGGAUCUUCAGGACUUUGAUGAACUCUGCAUCCAUCGCCAAACAAAUCGACUUUUACUCCAGAUUCUCACCUUCUCCUCUCUCUAUGAAGCAGUUCAUAGAUUUUGGUUCAGAGAACGCAUGCGAAACGCCCUUCACGCUCCUUAGACAGGAACUGCCUGUCAGGCUGGCGAAUAUUAUGAAGGAGAUCGAUUUGUUGCCUGAUAAUCUUCUGAGAACUCCUUCAGUGCGCCUGGUGCAGAGCUGGUACAUGCACAGCUUCCGGGAUAUACUGGAGUUCAAGGAAAGGGAUAUCGAUGAUGAAACGCUCAUACAAGACUUCACAGAUGCUGUGAUAAAGAUCAGAAACCGGCACAAUGAUGUGGUGCCCACCAUGGCUCAAGGAGUGGUGGAAUAUAAGGAGACCUACGGGACAGACCCGGUCACCAGCCAGAACAUCCAGUACUUCCUGGACCGCUUCUACAUGAGCAGGAUCUCCAUCCGAAUGCUCUUGAACCAGCACACUCUGCUGUUUGGGGGAAAGAUACGUGACAACCCUGCUCAUCCCAAACAGAUCGGUAGCAUCGACCCCAGCUGUUGCGUCAUGGAUGUUGUGAAAGAUGCUUAUGAAAAUGCCCGAAACCUUUGCGACCGGUAUUAUAUGAACUCACCUGAGUUAGUACUGGAAGAAUUUAACGUUAAAGGAGCCGACAGACCCAUCGCUGUGGUCUACGUGCCGUCUCAUCUGUACCACAUGGUGUUUGAGCUCUUUAAGAAUGCCAUGCGUGCUACCAUGGAGCUUUAUGAAGACGCCAUGGAGUAUCCUCCGGUGCAUGUGCAGAUCGUGCUCGGCCACGAGGACCUGACCGUGAAGGUCAGCGAUCGUGGAGGAGGAGUCCCGCUGAGGAAGAUCGACAGGUUGUUUACGUACACGUACUCCACUGCUCCUCGUCCUCAGAUGGACACGUCUCGAGCCACUCCUCUGGCUGGUUUUGGUUAUGGGCUGCCCAUCUCCAGACUUUACGCCAGAUAUUUCCAAGGUGACCUGAAGCUGUACUCUAUGGAGGGAUUUGGCACAGAUGCUGUCAUUUAUAUCAGAGCUUUGUCCACGGAGUCCAUCGAGAGGCUCCCCGUUUACAACAAAUCCGCCUGGAAGCAUUAUAAGACCAUCCAUGAAGCGGAUGACUGGUGCGUCCCCAGCAAAGAGCCCAAGGACAUGACCACCUUCCGCAGCUUCUAGCCCGACCUCAACGCUUCUGCAGACCCCUUCAUCUCUCCACCCUGCGUACACGGAGGACAGACGAGCGACGGAAGAGGACGCCAGCGUGUCCUAACGAAAGCGUUUUGCACUAGACCAGUAUUGUCAGUUAGCACAGUGCCAUCACAUCCCAGAGACAAUUAAGCUUUUGUAAUCUGGUGUAUUUUGAGCGUGUAUUAUUUUUGAGUGAUGCAGGUAUGUGUUUCGUGACUUUAUUAAUUUUACAUUUGAAUGCGUAAGUGAGUAUAUAUUUAUUUUUCUGUCAUCAUGAGAUGCUCGUUUUUGCUUUGAACUUACACAUUGUGUUUUGGAAAUCAAGUUUGUCGCACAGUUGUGGGCUUAUAUAAGCAUAUUUGGGACUUCACGUUCCUUGUACGGUCCCAUGUACUGUAUUACAUCUUGUUUGCAGAGCUUUUAUAUAUAAAUAUGCAGGGUUUGAAAGUGUUAAAUGCUUCACAGCUCUAGAAAGUGUUCAGCUUCAACCAACUAACAGUUAGGGCACUUGAACAAAAAAGGAACAAAUGCCUAUUAAAUUGUUUUCUUUUGACCAGUUUUAAACGUAGCGUUUAGCAGUUUGUCUCUCAUCCUGUUUCAAUAAAGCACUAUGAGUACAACAGA